AUGUUUCAGACAGUGGCUUGCAGUGAACCACUCUUCUUCUUGGACAAAUAUGAUGAUGGGCCGUUGAAGACGACCCACUGGCAGUCUGAAGGCCGGGAGGCCAGCAUUAUUGUGGAGCUGCUGAAACGGGCCAUGGUUCCUGUSUGCUGUUUGGUCAGCUGGUUUCUGUCUGUGUGGACCUGGAUCUUCAACAUCAGGAUCUUCAGUGUUUUCCCUCUGAGCUUCCUGUCCUCCAAACUGUCCACAUGUGUCCAACUCAGCUACAGGAUCCAACACCUGAGGACGCUCAGCUCACCCAGAGCAGCUGAAGGUCACAUGGAGUUCAUGAGGAAAGCUAACAUCCUGGUGUCAGUUCUGGUGGACGUGGCUCUGGGUGUGCUGCUCAUGUUCUGGCUCUACAGAGACGAGAACAUCUCCACACUGGCACACACUCUGGUUCCUGCAGCUGAC